GCGGCGGCUUCUGCGAGCCGGCGCGAUGUGGAGCGCGGGCGGCCGCGCCGGGCUGUUGGGGCCGAGGCUGCUGGGGCUGCCGCUGGGGCCGCUGCUCGGGCUGCUGGUGCUGCUGGGGCUGCCGGGCCGGGGCGCCGCCAAGACGGGCGCGGGCUUCGUGACUUGCGGGUCGGUGCUGAAGCUGUUCAACACGCACCACAGAGUGCGCCUGCACUCGCACGACAUCAAAUACGGAUCCGGCAGCGGCCAGCAGUCGGUGACCGGCGUGGAGGCAUCGGACGACGCCAACAGUUACUGGCGGAUCCGUGGCAGCGUAGACGGCGGCUGCCCACGUGGGGCCCCAGUACGCUGCGGGCAGGCGGUGAGGCUCACGCAUGUGCUCACGGGCAAGAACCUGCACACACACCACUUCCCGUCACCGCUGUCCAACAACCAGGAGGUGAGCGCCUUUGGGGAGGCCGGUGAGGGCGACGAGCUAGACCUGUGGACCGUGCGCUGCUCCGGGGAGCACUGGGAGCGGGGCUCCGCCGUGCGCUUCCAGCACGUGGGCACCUCCGUGUUCCUGUCGGUCACCGGCGAGCAGUACGGGAACCCCAUUCGCGGGCAACUCGAGGUGCAUGGCAUGAGCAGCGCUAACACGCACAACACCUGGAAGGCCAUGGAAGGCAUCUUCAUCAAGCCUGGACCCGAGCCCUCUGGUGGUCACGACGAACUCUGAGCAGGGGUGGGUGGGGAGGGAUGGCUGGCUGGCUGGACAGACGGAGGGUGCCAGGGUGGGUUUGUGGGGGAUCCUUAAGUGCCUUUGUGAUUAAAGAAUGUCCAUCUGCGAUUGUGUGUGAAGGGGUGGGGGGAGAGGGAUGGGUCCAAACUCACCAGCCCUGGACCUCAUUCUGGCAGCCUGGAUGCCUGGCCUUGGCCAAGGGCAGGGCGAGGACGUCUGUCCUGCCGGGAGUCAGCACCGUGGAGUGCCCUUGCCCUUCAAACAGGUGGUGCUGUCAUCCCUCCCCUAGCAUGUGUAGCAUCUCAGGCUCC